AAUGUGCUAGUGGCUUUCUUGGGGACUGAGAAAGUGGCCAGGCUAGCCGCGGCGUAUAUCACUCCUCCGUAACGAGGCGCUGCUUGGGGAGGCUACAGCCGGCUGGCGCCUUCUCCCAAGUUCUCCUCCACCUCCAAUGGAUGCUGUGUGCCCCCACUCCCUCCCUCUGCCCAGAACAUGCCACAGCCUUGUCCAGGACGUUUCGUUUGCGCUUGGAGGCUGGCGCGACUCAGGAGUAGAUCUGGGCAAGAAGAACAGGCACCUAUUUGAGGAGGCUGAGGGGGAAUCGGAGGAGGUCCUGGGUUGGAUCCGCGGGCUCUGAAGUAGCAGCAGCUGCCGCGGAGGCUGAGCUCAGCUCCUCGGGUUGAAGGAGGAGGGGAGGUCAGGCUAGUCGUGCCUGUUCCCCUCCCUUCUCUCCCCACCCCGAGCAGAUCCAUCCAGAGAGCAGCACUGCUUGCCUGGGGAGGGCAGAUCGGGAGUGGCGAUUUGGCAAAGGUGCAGCCAGCACACCGCGCCGGGCGGCUCUCUACGGAGGGAACCUGCUCUCACCUGCUCCCGCUCCUGCUGCUGCAGCGGGGCAGAGGCCCUGCCUACCUGCGCUUGGCUCGGCUUGCUUGCCUCGGAUCCCGGAUCUUUUCUUUGCCGGCCGCUCCUGCCGCUGCCCGCCGUCCCUCCCUCCGCCGCGGCCACGAUCCUGCUGGCCGGGCUCCCGCCCCCUCCGCUGUCUCCAGGGCUGCUUCUUGCCCAGCGUGCUGCUGCCUUCGUCUCCCGGGCCCGCAGCAGCCCUCCGCCUCGAGCGAGGAUCGUGGCCCCGAGCUGGCCAUGCUGGGGAUCCGCCGCGACCGUCUGCUCAUUCUGCUGCUUCUCGGGGCGCUGCUGAGCGCCGAUCUCUACUUCCACCUCUGGCCCCAAGUGCGGCGGCGCCUGGCCAGGGCCGAAGCGGACGAGCCGGGCUGCUCUUGCCCCGGGGAUGCCGCCGCCGCCGCCGCCUCUUCCUCCUCUUGCCCUGACCCCUCGGCGCGGCCGCUGGACCAAGCGGACAAGGAGAAAAGCAGCCCGGCCGGCGGCUCUAAACUGCGGAGGCUCUUCGCGCACUCGCUCUACAGCGCCCCCGACGGGCCCGCGGAGAUGUUGCUCAGCGGGCAGGAGGCGAUGCGCUAUUACCGCCGGAAAGUAGCCCGCUGGAACAGGAGACACAAGAUUUACAGAGAGGAGCACAACCUCACCUCAGACUCAUUGAUACAGCUCAGGCAAGAGGCAAGCUGGCUCCAGUUCCACCUGGGAAUCAAUCGCUAUGCCUUGUAUCCACGGGCCAGCCCUGCUAUUGACCAGCUCCUCCAGGACACACGAAACUUUAACACCAUCAGUGCUGAUUACAGCCAGGAUGAGAAAGCAUUAUUAGGAGCCUGUGACUGCUCACAAAUUGUAAAACCCAGUGGAGUGCAUUUGAAGCUUGUUCUGCGUUUCCAGGACUUUGGGAAAGCCAUGUUCAAACCUAUGAGACAGAAACGAGAUGAGGAGACUCCAGAAGAUUUUUUCUAUUUUGUUGACUUUCAAAGACACAAUGCAGAAAUAGCUGCCUUCCACCUUGACAGAAUCCUAGAUUUCCGCCGUGUCCCUCCAGUGGUUGGAAGAAUGAUUAACAUCACAAAGGAAAUUUUAGAGAUCACCAAGAAUGAAAUCCUGCAAAGUGUCUUUUUUGUGUCACCAGCCAGCAAUGUGUGUUUCUUUGCCAAGUGCCCUUACAUGUGCAAGACAGAAUAUGCUGUGUGUGGGAACCCUCACCUGCUGGAAGGCUCCCUCUCUGUUUUCCUGCCUUCGCUUAACUUGGCGCCAAGACUCUCCAUCCCAAACCCAUGGAUCCGCUCCUACACCUUUGCUGGAAAAGAGGAGUGGGAAGUGAAUCCACUUUACUGCAGCACCGUAAAGGAGGUUUAUCCUUACAGCACUGGCAGCCGGCUACUCAAUAUCAUUGACAUGGCCAUAUUUGACUUCUUAAUAGGCAACAUGGACCGUCAUCAUUAUGAGAUGUUCACCAAGUUUGGGGAUGAUGGCUUUUUGCUCCAUUUGGACAAUGCACGCGGAUUUGGGAAGCAUUCCCAAGAUGAGAUCUCCAUCCUGGCUCCACUCACACAAUGUUGCAUAAUAAAGAGAACGACGUUAUUACGACUGCAGCUCUUAGCUCAGCUAGACUACAAGCUCAGUGAUAUCAUGCGGGAGUCCUUGCUUCAGGAUCGCCUUGCCCCUGUGCUCACAGAACCCCACCUUUUGGCACUGGACAGAAGAUUACAGAUAAUCCUGAUGACUGUGGAGAAAUGCAUAGAGGCCAAUGGAGAAGCUGUUGUUGUGUUUGAUGCUGAACUACUGGAGCCGCCUGCCUUUGACAGAAUGACACAGCCUAGCUAGAACUCAGGGGGAAACUGGAGCUUUUGUUGACUAUUUGUACCCUACCCAGGAUGAUGGGGAUUGACACAGGGACGGUCUCUAGAAGGUCACGAGAUUCCAGUUUAAGCAGCUGUGUGGAUGGGUAGAGGCUGCAGCAUCAACAUCCAUUCUUAGCAUAUUUAUACUGAGCCCUCCUCCCACCACCAGUGAUCUUCAGCAAGAGACCUGCAGAAAGCCAAGCACUUUUAAAACUGAAAACCAUGCUUUUGGGAUGCUGGACUGCUUCAGAGGAUCUGUCUUGGUCCUUGUUGGCACAAGGGACUCUAAACAGAGGCUUGAAUAAAAAAGGGGAAAUGAAAGGGAAACAUUACAUAAUGUGUAUAUGUGUGUGUG